AGACCGUUUCAACGCACUUUGGAGUAUUUUUUCUUAAUUAAAGCUUUGCUGUUCUUUUCGGCUUUAGUUUAUAUACACAUGUCAUUCAUUAAAAAUCCAGCUACAUGUUUGGAACAUGUACAAGAUUGGCCUCGAGAUGGUGUUUUAAGAGUUGAAGUUAUACCUAAUCUAGAUAAACGUUUGGAAAUCUAUGAAAAAAAUCAAGCACACGAAAACUUUAUGCGUAAACUUCAAUACGACUAUUUCUAUGGUAUUGGACCGAAAACUAAAAAUCAAUUGUAUCAUCAUAAAUAUGCCACAAAUGAGACUUAUACUUACUAUUUGCAACACGAGUCUACUUAUGCCGAUUACUUAAAAUAUAAACAAUUAAAUGCUGAAUAUAAUGAAAAUAAUGAUAAUGAUGAUGAUGAACAGUAUAUAGUAGAAUAUUCUUUGGAAUAUGGUCAUUUACGUUUAUCACCUGCUACACGUAAACGUUUACAAAUUCCAGUGCGUGUGGUGCAAUUGGAUCCUUUAAAUAAUAAAUGUUUUGGUGAUAAAUUUAGUAAAUUUCUAUUAAAAGAAUUGCUGGGGUGA